UCAAACCUAACGGCAGCAGCUGCGUUUGGUUUCGCGCCACGCCCGUGACCCGACCGUUGCAGCUGGCGCCUCGGGGAGGGGGCAUGAUGGUGGUGUAGGGGCUUCCUAGCGCGAACACGGCCACGCUGAGCAUCUGAAAGGGCGGGCGAGACCGGGCCUGAAACUAACCGAGAGAGGGCUCUGGUGGACCUCGUGGGAGCAGGAAAGGUUGAGCCCGGGCGCUGCCCGGUAGAGGGCUCCGGCUCCUUGGACGGGCCCUCACCACCUCCUUCUGAGGGCUGAGUGGGAGAAGGGCUCCCAGGACCUGCGCUGGGCCUUUGCAGUGGGCAAGGGGGGAAUCCAUCUUUGCAGUGAGGAGAAGGCCCAGCUAGGACUUAAGCCAGUGCCGUGGUGCCCCUUCUCUCCCCCCGGGGUGGGGGUGUGGUGAUGGCUGUUGGGCGGGGUCCCUGUCUGUGAGCCCAGUGAAUUGAGUGACACAGGGCUCAGGCAGGAUGAGCGCCAUAAACAGCAGCUCGGUGGAGACCAAGUUCCAUGGACACUACCAUAUCAUAGGGAUGAGGCGGCCAUUCAUUGUGCUGCUGGUGUUUGUGAGCUGUGCCGUGGGAGCUCUGUUGAGAACCAUUCUGAAGAAAUCACACAUUCCUAUUAUUGUAAUUCUUUCUUUGAUUGGAGUUCUCCUUGGAGUAGUGGGCUACUUUGUAAAUGAGUUUCGCGUUUUGAUAGAAUACGUUGCAGAAAUUGAUCCGAUCCUGUUUCUUCAUAUGUUCACACCUGUUAUAAUAUUUACUGCCGCUUUUGAAAUGGAUUUUUAUAUAUUUCGGAAAUCAUUUUGGCAGAUAUUUCUACUUUCAGUUCCUGGCUUCUUGCUGAAUUGGACUUUAAUUGGAGUGUUAACUUAUAAAAUCAAUAAGUAUGACUGGAACUGGCUCAUUAGCAUGUUGUUUGGAGUCAUUGUUGGCACAACAGAUCCUAUCCUCUCUGUGGCUUCUGUGAAAAACAUUGGUCUUUCAAAAAUCGUCAUUAAUCUAAUUAAAGGAGAGUCUUUGUUCAGUGAUGCUACCACUGCAAUUGUUUUUGAACUUUUCAGGGAUCUUGUAUCUGACCCACAUACUGAAGUUGCAAAAGAAAUUAUUAUUAAACUAGUAUUAAAAUUUAUUGCAAGUACCAUAUUUGGAUUUUUGAGUUCAAGAAUAGUUAAAUAUUGGCUGUCUCAUAUCGUCAAUGAUGGAUUAACUGAAGUAAUUCUAAGCUUCUCAAUGACAUACCUGAUUUUCUUCAUUGCUGAAUGGCUUGGAAUGUCUGGUGUUAUCUCGCUCACUGUUUUGGGACUUCUUUUAGAUUCUGUAAGCUUUAGUCCAGGGGUUGGUGAAUUUAUCUUUAGGUUCUGGGCAAUGCUGACAUUUUUGGCUCAUGUUAUGAUAUUCAAUAUAAUUGGAAUUGUGAUAGCUGUAAAAACCUUUCCAUAUGUGACUAUUCGUGAUUUGUUUUUUAUCUUAACACUCUAUCUUGCACUGAUUCUUAUAAGAGGUCUAGUUGUUUUGUUCUUGAGCCCUCUUCUGAGCUGCCUUGGUUAUGGAUUUAACUGUCGCUGGGGAGCUGUUAUUGUCUGGAGUGGAAUGAGAGCUACUUUUACUUUGAAUAUGGCUCUUGGGAUUAGCCAAUCAAAAGAUCCGGGUAUAGCAGCAAUGAAGAACACGAUAUUACUGUAUGCAGGAACAGCAUCAUUAAUGACUUUGAUGAUUAAUUCUACCACGGUGAAAAAGCUGGUUACAACACUAGGUCUAUGUAAUAUUACUCUUCCAAAACGUAUGGCAAUAUACAGUGCUGUUCAGCGUAUAAAAGAAAUGGAGGCCAACACAUGUUCCAUGUUGAAACUUGAUAGAUUUGUAGCUGAUGCAAAUUGGACUGUGACUGAAGAAGCAAUUAAAAUUGAUUACCCUUAUAAAUUUGAUAUAGAGGAAGUUUCCCAAAUUGUUAGAACACUUAAAUGUCCAGAUUGUAACACAGACAUUUCAGAUGAGACAACACCUCAACAAAUUGCUGACAUACUGGAAGAAGCCAGGUUACGUCUUUUAACAGCACAAAUAGCUAGUUAUCAGAAGCAAUACCACACUGGAAUGCUUAACCAAGAUGCUGCCCAAACAUUAAUAGGCGCAGCAGAAAGCUGUGUUGAUAUUAGAGGGAAAUUUAUGAACAUUCAUGAGGUAAAGACAUAUUGGGAAAGCAAAGGACUACUAGUUUCCUUUAAGAAAUUGUUAUCUGAUUGUGUUUACAAUGUGGAAGAUGAAAAAUCUAAGCCAUCAGGGAAAAAGAUUCUGAAGCUGUGUCACCAUAUAGUAUUUAUGGAUGAAUUUGAGUGCACAAGUUACAUUAUAACAUUAUUGAAUUUAGUUCCCAUUCUAAUAGAUUUUACACAUCUAGAUGAAACAUAUAUUAAACAACUAAAAAUCUGUAACUACUAUUUCAUCAGUUUGUAUAUACUGGAGGCAUCAUUAAAGGCUUUAGCCAUGGGGAAGGCUUACAUCUUUCAUCAUUGGAAUCAGUUUGAACUAGUAAUCAUAAUAGUUGGACUCAUAGAUAUCAUGAUUAUUAAUAUCUUUAAGCCACUUCACCCAACAUAUAUGAUUAAGACUAUCAGGGUAUUCCGAAUCAUUCGCCUUAUUAGAGUUCUGCGUCUUUUGAAGCUUGUGAUACCAAGACUGAUAAACUUAUUGGAAAAACAAACAAACAAACAGCUAACCGUUAGAUAUGAUAUUGCUAAGGGAUAUGUGCAAGGUGAAGAAGAUACAAAAUAUUUAAUUGAACAGAUUUCUGGUUAUGAGACAAUUUCUAAGGAAAUAAAUAAAAUUAUGGAAAAGAAUAAACAAGAUGGUAUGAAAGAGCUAGGUUUAAUGCAGCGUGAUUAUCCAGAUAUUGUUACUGCUGUGAAAACCAAACAGGUAGUCCAGACUCUGCUAAACACAGCUACAGAAACUCUUAAAGUAUUGAUAUCAAGUGGAAUUGUUGAUAAAAAUGAAGAAGCAAAAUUACAAAAGAUGAUUCUGCAAAAAAAAAAAAACCUUGGUACUCUUCCAUCUACUAUUGCACCACCUACUGCAGAGGAGUUUUUACACAGUAUCAGUUGGUUAGAAAAUGAAAAGAAGCAAAUUGAGUUCUUCCAGAAAAGAGCAAGGAUCCUUUGUUAUGACUAUGGAGACAUUAUAUGUGAGGAACAUGAAAUGCCAGAAGGAAUCCACCUAAUUAUUUCCGGGAUGACAAAGCUUUGUGGUUCCAGUCCCAGCUAUGGAGUUGCUAAUGAUGUAUAUGAACUGAGAAAGCUUAAAUUGGUGCCAUAUACUGACUACCUGCUCAGUGGAGCAAUAAUAGGAGAGUUGAAUUGCCUAACUAAGCAAGAAAUGGAAUAUACUGUUACCUGUGUAACUACUGUUCAGACGUGUUUUAUUUCUAUGAAUGACUUGUUCGAAGCUUUUGAUGAGUUUUUAGAAUGCCCAUCUUUGGAAUAUAAAAUAUGGUUCAAACUUGCCCUCGAUAUCACUAUCAAAGCUUUCAAGGAAAAGCUUGCUUACCAGGAUUGGUCAUAUAAGACGUGUACAAAGUUACCUAAUGUUUAUGUGAUGGAUGUACCAACCCACAGCAAAUGCGAUAUUUAUGAUGGAACCAUGGAUGAUGUUAUUCUUGUGCAUGGAAGUGUACGAGAUUGUCAAAUAGAGCAAUCUUACUUUGCACCCUGUAUUUUACCUAAAACUUGCUAUCAGGUACAAGGAACUGCUGCAGUAACAAAACUGCUAAUUGUACGAACCACUACCACUAUGAAGAGGAAGAAUAGUAGUAGAUGCAGUAAUGCGCGUCCAUGUCAUUCAUGUGGUCGGAGACAGGCUACCAUUGGAAAUGCUGAAGAAACAGAUGGUAGCAGUCGGCAUUCACUAAACUCAGAUUCUGUCCAGGGUGAGACUGCCAUGACCUCAACGGAGGGGGCGGCCAGAAUGGUUUAAGCACCGACUGCAGUGUGUGAAUAGCCAGGGUGUCCUUCAUCUCGUGCAGCCUCACAUCAGCCUGCUCAGAAAACAGACCACUUCUGUCAAAGGAAGGUCUUGUAUAGACGUCUGCAUCUCCUGGUAGAAACCUGCGAUCCUAAGCCAAGAGCUGCGCCUCAACCACUGAAGAUACCACCACCCUGGCUGCCGAGUCCGCCAUGUCCCUGGCCAUCUGAAGGGCACAGCAGGCUGUCUCCUCCAAAGCCCUCCCCACUCCACCCAUUCUCCAUCACACCUGACACCUGCUAUCCUUCCUGUCACUCUGGUCCGUAAUAUGGCUGUCAGCUUUGACUCCACCUUUGUUCAAGACCUGCACAACAUCCAGGCCAUGUCCAAAUCUUCCUAAUAUUGACUCCCUAACAUAGCUAACCCCUUUUCUCUUCAUACCACUAAAAUUCUGGUCUGGAUCUUGUCCUCUCAGAUAGGUUGUGACAUGGCCAGAAUUUUCUCCCACUUCUGGGUCUCUCCACUUGCUCUCUUUUCUUCACUGCUUGAAAUUCAAACUUCUGGUCUUUACAGACCGUCACAACUUAAGUAUCUCUACUCUGUCAGCUUUCAUUACCCAUUAAUCAGUUUCUUCCAUAAGCACUGCCAUAAAGAGCAACACUAAAGAGUGCAUGAAACACCCUUCCUAACUAGUCCAUAAAUCUAUUACUCUGUUCUCCUUUAAAUCCUUCCUCAAGAGCAACUUUUCUCAAGAUGCCUACCAAAAAACAAAAAAGAAAACCAAAAACAAAAAAACCAACCCCAACUGAUGACAGAUGCCCAGAGGGACUUCUGGUAUUUGUUUUGUCUUUGCAAAUAAACAUGCCUGUAACUAUUUUUCCCAUCUUCUCCCCCAAAUGUUUUUGAUGCCUCCUUUAAAAUUAAAAUUCUUUGAGGCAGGAACUAUGUG